ACCAGUCCAUCAUUCCCUGACCCGUCUGUGUCUCUCCAGACGGCCCUCAGCUGUUCCCUGUGAGCCCGUGGAUAUCACUCAAGAUGUCCCCUUGUGGUUGCUGGGGCCUGCCGGUGGUCCUCCUCGCCCUGCUCUGCUGCCCAGGGUCUUGUGAGACGGCGUUUGAGGUAUACGUGCAGUCAGAGGUGCUGACGGUGGAAUCCGGAAUGACCUGGAAGGUCAACUGCAGUACCAACUGCACCGAGCCUGAGAUGGGUGGCCUGGAGACCAGCCUAACCAAGAAUCUGAUGGAUGAACAAGCUCAGUGGAAGCAGUUCUUGGUCUCCAAUGUCUCCCAAGACAUUGACUUGCAUUGCUACUUCAUCUGCUCCGGGGAACAGCAGUUAAAGACUCUGAACAUCGGCACGUCCUACCUUCUGGAGCAGGUGCUGCUGAAGCUGCAGCCCACUCGGGUGGCUGUGGGCACAUGGUUCACCAUCGAGUGUAGGGUGCCCGCUGUGGAAGCCUUUGAGAGCCUAACCCUCAUCUUGCUCCGUGGUAAAGAGACUCUGCACAGAAAAACCUUCGAGAAGACACCAGGCCCCCAAGAGGCCGUAGCCACGUACCAGAGGCUAGCUCACAGGAACGACAGCCACCACAACUUCUCCUGCAGAGCCGAACUGUCCCUGCAUUCUCACAGCAGGGACGUGAUUUUCCGUAUCUCAGAGCCCCGGAUGCUUGACGUCUACGAGCCCAUGCAGGACAACCAGAUGGUCAUCAUCAUCACGGUCGUGUCGGUGCUGCUGUUCUUGUUUGUGACGUCCAUUCUGCUGUGCUUUGUCCUCGGCCAGCACUGGCGCCAGAAUCGGAGGGGUGGGGAAACUGAGGCUCAAAGAGGUUGAGCAACUUGUCCAAGAUCACCCAGCUAAUAAGUGGCCAAACAGAGACUGGAAGAAUCCAGGUGUGACUCCAGAGCUGGGGUGGGAGUCCAGAAGCCGCCCUUGGCCUCUCUCCCAGUCCCUGGACCCACCACCGUCCCAUCAGUGAGGGGGCACUUAUCCCCGGGGCCACCUGGGUGUUAGGGGCAGCAGCAGCUCCUGCCAGCCUGGAUGGUGGACACACCCCCCACCUCCUCCAAGCAUCAAAAUCCUACCUGGCUUUCAACGCUGAUUCUAAGGCCACCUGCUCCUCCUAAGAGGCUUUCCACACCUCCCAACCAGGUGUGUACUCACGUUUUGUACCUCUCCGUGUGCCAGACACAGCCAAAGCCACUUUGUAUUCAGAGUCUUUCAUUUAUUCAUUCACGUGUUUAACAAAUAUUAAUUGAGAUCCUAAUAAGUAUCAGGCCCCUUGCAGACCCAGGGUACAAUGGUGCCUCCCCAGACCCAGCCAAUAGGUAUGGGCUGGCAUCCCACUUCUCUGGCUCCUCUGUCACCUGGUCCUUUUUCUCAAAGGGGAGACCCCAGACAGAUCCCCACCCCU